AGAGAAAAAAAUGAGUACAGAGAGAGAAAGAGUAGAAAAGCAGACUUCGUCUGACCGUCCAGUCUUUAGAGAGAGAGAGAGAGAGAGAGAGAGAAAAAGGGAUUGGAGAGAGAAAGCACAAACUCCAUUACUCUAUCCGGCGUCUCAAAUAUCAAAUCUCGUCUUCCUCGCUUAGAUUAGUGUAUUGUCUUCACUCGAUCGAGCUUUGCCGGUCUUUUUAGAACAUUCUGUAACAGUAUCUGUAGAACGUUUCCUUAUUGGUUUUCUUGUAAAGUGUACAGAAUCCUUUUCCCCACCCCCCAAAAAGAAAACCCCGUUUCGAUGGAGCUGUACGGUCGGAACCAAGCAAUGAAUGGGUCACAAUCGGGUCAGCAACUCGAAUGGAGCCCCGCGGGAGGCGAAACCGGGCUAGAAGAAUCGAUGUGGCGAUUGGGGCUUGCUAGCAGUGAAUCAUAUCCGGAGCGGCCCGGCGCGCCCGACUGUGUGUACUAUAUGCGAACAGGGUUUUGUGGAUAUGGUAGCAGGUGCCGCUAUAAUCACCCUCGCAGUCGCGCUGGGGUUGAGGCAGCUGUAAGAGCUACUGGGGAGUACCCAGAACGUGUGGGAGAACCCCCUUGUCAGUUUUAUUUGAAGACUGGAACCUGUAAAUUUGGAGCAUCUUGCAAGUUCCAUCAUCCGAAGCAUGGAGGUGGAUCCUUGAGCCAUGUUCCUCUAAAUACACAUGGAUACCCAUUACGACCGGGUGAAAAAGAAUGCUCCUACUAUUUGAAAACGGGGCAGUGCAAAUUUGGUUUAACUUGUAAAUUCCAUCAUCCUCAACCAGCUGGCACAUCAAUGCCAGAAUCUGCACCCCAGUUUUAUCAGCCGGUGCAGUCACCUUCUAUUACUAUACCUGACCAAUAUGGGGGGGCAUCCACCAGCUUGAGGGUGAGGCCUCCAAUAUUACCUGGUUCAUAUGUGCAAGGGGCUUAUGGUCCUGUGCUGUUUCCCCCUGGAGUGGUUCCUUUUCCUGGUUGGAGUCCUUACUCGGCACCUGUAAGUCCUGUUCCUUCUCCUGGUGCACAGCCAGCAGUUGGGGCAACUUCUCUGUAUGGCAUAACACAAUUAUCUUCUUCAGCACCUGCAGCCGGACCUUAUCCCUCACCCUCUUCUGCUGCUGGCCUUUCAAUUGGUAUCCAGAAGGAACAACCUUUUCCAGAGAGACCUGGAGAACCUGAGUGCCAGUACUACCUGAGGACUGGAGACUGUAAAUUUGGAUCAUCUUGUAGAUAUCAUCACCCUAGGGAUCGGGUUAUGCCAAGAACAAAUUGUGUCCUCAGCCCGCUUGGUCUUCCUUUACGUCCAGGAGUUCAGCCUUGUACCUUCUACUUGCGAAAUGGGAACUGCAAAUUUGGAGCCACAUGCAAAUUUGAUCACCCAAUGGGAUCAAUGAGAUAUAGUCCAUCAGCAUCAUCUCUCAUUGAUAUGCCAGUUGCUCCAUAUCCAGUUGGGUCUUUGCUUGCUACUUUGGCCCCUUCAUCCUCUUCUUCUGAAUUGCUACCUGAACUGAUUGGAGUGACGAAAAAGGAUCCUUAUUUGAGCAGAAUUCCUUCCUCUGGAAACACAUCAAGCAGCUCAGUUGGGUUGAUUUUCUCCCAGACUGGGUCUGUUUCACUUUCCGAGUUGCAACAUUCAAGUACAAGACAAGUUGGUGAGGUUCGUCGAUCAAGUUGAUGUAAAACGCUAAAAGUUAUCAUUCAUUAACUAGUGCAUGUGAUUUCAUUGCUCCAUGGAAAGUUCUAUCAUCCAAUCUGGUUUAAGCUCAUACUAGGACUGAUUGUCUUUAUGCUCAUACCAUCCAUCUAUUAUCUCAAAUAAGCUUCAGUAGCAAUCACCGUAUGAACUUCUCUACAAAGCUUCGGAAUAAUUUCAGUGUAUCAGGUCAGCCUACAACCCUCUCUUUAUUGGGUCUUCUGUAUACUUGAUUGAUUCAAAUCAUUUUUUGUGCUGGAAAGAAUUAGAAACCCCCACUUACUAGUCAGUGCUCUCUCUCUCUCUCUCUCUCUCUCUCUCUCACCCUCCCUCAAAACUUGGGACAAUCUACCAGUUUUGUAAUUUUAGAGUUUACUAUUUGGUAUCAGAGGAGUUGGAAGGUGUUUAUUAUGCCCCCUUUUUCGAGGGCAAUUAUGGGGAACGUUUUGAAGACUACAAGUAGGUAUGUUAUUGAAGCCAAAAUUUGACAGCAAGAUGCAUCAACUGUGAAGCUCUUCAUGUUUAGUGGAAGGACGCAGAUGUCCUUUGAUUGUAAAAUAUCUUUAUUUGUGUGCAUUGUUUUAAGUUAUAUGAAACACUGCUGAAACUUUAGAAUUGCCUUUAUUGUGAACAAGAUUGCCGUUGUAGUU